GGCACUAUUGUGGACCGCAUCGACUACAACGUGGAGCAAACGCAGGUUCGCGUACAGGAGGCGCUGAAACAGCUAACCAAGGCGCAGACUCACCAGCGGAAGAACCGCAAGCUCCUCGUCAUCUUCAUUCUCGCCUGCCUGGUCAUGGUGCUGGGCUCGAUUCUGUUGGUGACCAAAUUCUUUAAGUAG